UGUUCCUGCCUAUCGAUCGUUAGAUUCAGUUCGUUUUCAACUCUCGCGCGACACGGUAGUCUCGGGGCACUGAUACGGUCGUUCCACUGAUUCAUCUUCCCGUUCCCUAGCAAAAAGAUAAUAGACCGCCCUCACUUGCAGCUUUUGUUACCAUCAACUACCACCAUGGAGCACGAUUUGGGCUUCGACUUGACCGAGGCACUGGAGCGGGAAGGUCUUUCCCGGGAUGAUUUGAAAGCACUGCGACAUCCACCGAUCGAAGGUGUACCAGCUACGAUCACCGAUAAACAGCUGGCAUGCUUUUUGGAUGCGUGCGAUAAGAAUAUCGACGAAACGCGCAAAGUAUUAAAAAUUUACUACGAAGCACGCCGGAACGGACCGGAACUGUUUAACAAUCGCGAUCCUCAGAGUGCGGCUAUACAACAAUGUCUUCAAAAUCAAGAUUACUUUCCACUUCCAACGACGCCCAGCGGGUAUUCGGUGGUGUUUCAUCGUUUGAAAAAUUCACGUUCUUCCAAUUAUCAUUUCGACGAAGCGAUCAAAACGUACUUCAUGACCAUCGACUCCUGCCUGUACAACCAGGGACCACGACCGGGAAUCAUUUUCCUGUUUGACAUGAAAAACGUUGGCCUGAUGCAUCUUACCCGCAUCAACAUUAGCUCGGUGCGAAAGUUCUUCAACUACUUGCAGGAGGGUUUGCCGGCCAAAUUGAAGGCGAUACACGUGAUGAAUGUGGUUUCAUUCUUCGACAAAAUUCUCUACAUCAUUAAACCAUUUAUUCAUGCGGAAAUCUUAAACAUGCUCUAUCUGCACACAUCGAGUGAGAACAUGGAACCGUUCUAUGAAGAAUGGAUACCGAAAAGUGGAUUACCGUCCGAUCUAGGUGGUGAUUUGAAGUCGAUCGAUGAACUUCAUCAGGACCACUUGAAGGAGUUCGAAAAACAGAGACCCUACUUCCUCGCCGAAGAACGUCAGCGUAAUCCGGAUGCAACCGUUAUCGAUGAAUCGACCGAUCGAAUGAUGAAAUCUCUGUCGAUAGACUAAUACACGACCGUGUAUCGGCUGGCCGUACUUGCAAAGCUUAUGCUUAAUGUUGUACUUCGAUGUGAUAGCAAAUAUUCGGUGCAAAGGAUCAGCAUUCCAGAGCUGAUUAAAGCCAAACUACCAACAAACCGGGGAUAAGGUUGUUCCACAAACCAAUUGGUGUGCUUUUAUAUACUGUAAUUUUAAGGACUUUUACUAUACACCUUUCAUUACCGCUUUAUCUUGUUUAACGUGAUAAAUAAAGCAUACUUUUCUUAUAAAAAUCAAA